UUCUAAGCCUACCUUACAGUACCUAUGUAGGCCUUGAUAUUACCAGAUAACCACCUAGGUUACCUAAGUACCGAGGGUAUUACUGUACAUUUCACUUCUUAUGGAAGGCUUAGUGUUAACGAAAGCCACACCAGGUGAAAUGAUGCUUAUUGAUCAGUGUUCCCCAACCACCAUCUCUAACACCGGAGCAUCGACCCGGCCGGCUCCCUUAACAAUGGGCCCGGAUGUUCACUCCACAUCCAAUAGAUCCCAAUACCGGAGUAUCUAUCGGACUUCGAUAUUAGCUUCUUAAAAUCUUCAGGUUUCUUAUCUGUCUGGCUUGUUUGUUUGUUUCCUCAAAGCGCUACGAUGUUCUUUGACACGACCUUACAGAGGGCACUAGUUGCGGCGGCGGCGGUCGCAACGGCCCCCAAUGUCACCGAGCUUUUCGGCCCACACCUCUCUUCGCGAGCCUCCAUCUACUUGGCCUCGGAUUCAAACUACACCACCUCGGUCACGCAGCGCUGGACGGACUACGCUGCGCCCGCAUACAUCGCUACCAUCCAACCCGCCACAGUGCACGAUGUGCAAAACAUAGUGAAAAUUGCUUCGUCACAUGAGAUACCCUUCCUCGUGACCGGCGGUGGCCAUGGAGUUUCCGUGCAGCUUGCGAACCUCAAGGAGGGCAUCCAAGUUGACCUCGGAAAAUUCAACAAUGUCACAUUUGACAGCGACACCCAGCUCCUUACCGUAGGCGGCGCAGCAAAGUUCUCCCAGCUGAUUGACCCCCUAUACGAAUUGGGUUACCAAUUUCCUCUCGGCACUGCCUACUGCGUUGGAGUAGUCGGCGCCACCCUAGGUGCCGGCGUUAGCGCAAACCAGGGGUACAUGGGCCUUCUCCUCGAUCUGCUCGAGGAAGUGCAGGUCGUCACGGCCUCUGGCGAUGUCGUUAUAGCUUCACGAAGUACCAACGAAGACCUGUUCUGGGCGCUCCGUGGCGCCGGCGCGAACUUCGGCAUCAUCACCUCCGCUACGUACAAGGUACCGCGCGCCGUCAACGGCGGCAAGAUAACGAACAUCAACUAUCUCUUUCCGGGCACCAAGAGCCGGGAAGUCUUUACCUACCUCGCUUCGCUUGAUGACGAGAUGCCCGCCCCUCUGGCGCUCAACAUAGGAACACUAGUCGAGCCUAACUCUAAACAGCUCGUCCUCCUCGUAAACGCCAACUUCGCCGGCCCAGUCGAAGCCGCAUUGCCGCACCUCGCCCCCCUAAAGGCUCUCAACCCCCUCCGCUACGAGGUUCUAAGCGUAGCCUGGCCCGACGUCUUCUCUACCUCGUACUUCGGCAUCGAAGACACCAAGGCCUGCGGCCGAAACCAACACGUCAACAUGCGCAGCGUCGGCGGGAAAAGCACCGACCCCGACGUAAUCGUCGGGUUCCUGGACGAGCUGGAGCGCUUCACGAAGGCGAACCCUGACGUGUUGACGGCGAUGAUGGUCCACAGGUUCGCGACCGAGAAGGUGCUCGAGGUGCCGGAUGCGGAGAGCGCGUACCCGCAUCGCGAGCUCAAGAUGCAUAUCCAACUCGAGAGCGAAUACGACGACCGACGAAAAGACAGCCUCGUCGACGCCUUCCUGCACUCCGCGCGCCACAACCUCACUUCCGCCAGCGGCUUCGACGAGCCCGUGGUCUACGUCAACUUUGCUCACGGCGAUGAAGGGCCAGCGGCUUGGUAUGGGGCGAGGAAUCUGGCGCGGCUGAGCGAGCUGAAACGGAAAUGGGAUCCGCGGGGCUUGUUCAACUACUAUAACGCUGUCCCGAUGGGCGUGUCGGAUGGCGAGCUAUGAUGUAGGAUUAUUGGUUGGAUCUAAGACUUGUACGAUAUGAUCGGCAUAGAUACAGGUGUGGUGUUAUGUAGGGGUGAUACUGGGUAUGGAUUAAUGUGGCGAGAAAAUAUAGAGCACAUUGGAUAGAAGUUAAUAUAAAA